GGUCUCAUCAGCCAUCUACAGAGGUGGGGAUUUCGUCUCAGCUGAAGCCUUGACUGGCCGACUGGGCAGUUAGAUAGCCGGUCCCGACCUGCACCAACAUGAAACCCGCCCUCAGGCUGGCCACCUUGAGUUAUGCGAUCACUAAUGUUGAUGCUAGCUUACUAUUUCCAUCUGCCCGUCGUAAUGCGGGGAAGGGGAAUUGGGGUCCGGCUAAAGAUGUUGUCGCCGUCGCCGCCGCCUCUCCAAUAGAUCCUGUAGGAUGGACUCCGAAACCGACUGCGCCGCCGGCGGCCGAGCCGUUCGAUUUUGAACUUCGGAAGAGGCAGGAUAGGACUACCACCACAAUUAUCGCUAGUGUUGCUACGUGCGGGUUCCCGGCUGAUAAUAUCAGCGCGCCGGCGAUUACGUGCGGUGGGGGAGGUUACUGUUAUGAGGCACCGGCAUCUUUUGCUGCGGGAUGUUGUACCGAGACGAAUCGUCGAAAUUGCAGAAUACCGACGACAUGCUUGGAAUCAACUAGAUUGACAUCUUCUAUAACUGAUACUGCUAGGACACUACUCUGUGAUGAACCAGCACGACCUCAUUGUGUGACUUAUUUAUACAACGCCGACUUCUUCGAAAAUUUCAAUGGGGUUAGUUUUCUGGCAUGCGGUGAGGAGGCAGGGUCUAGUAUAAUCGCAACUAGUGCACCGCCGAACUGGGCACCACCGAGCGAUAUCACAACUACUUUUCAAUAUACGUCCGAUCGAUCUCAAACGAGUACCGAUCCUACCAAUGUCGUAACUGUCACCGUUUCCCCGAGCUCGAGUUCGUCAUCCCCAGACGGAGGAGUCACACAUCAGGAUGGUAACGGAUCGAGUAGAACUGGGGCUAUUGCUGGUGGAGUUGUUGGCGGGGUUGCCGUACUCUCACUGAUAGCUGCUGUCAUCUUCUUCUGUCUACGCCGACGUCAGCGUAAGAAGAAUGAAGUGGGAGGCAAGGAGAUAGAAGGCUCGCCUCCGUUUCAGCCGCGAGAUUUCCCACGUAAUAGUGUAUAUGGCGGAGGAUUGCCCGAGCCUCAAUACCAGUCAGACUUCUACGGGGAAUUACCGCCGCAGAUGGCACAAGAAUCGACCCAACACGUUGUAGGCUACCCGCCACCUACUCACUUUGAACCAGUCGCCACGGCUAGGGACGAUACGGAUGAUAGAGAUCAUAGGGGGCAUAGGGAGCAUAGGAACUAUAGGCAUUCUCAGGUGCAGGCAAUUCCGUCUACCUUUGUCCCGCGGUCACGCAAGCCGAGCCAGGAUGAUAUAGUAUCACCCAUUACUCCUGGUGACCAAUUAAACCCUGCCGACGACCCAGCAACGUACACAUGGAUCUCGAACCCGACACCACCUCCGCAAUCAGACUACCCUCCACAAUCAGACUACUCUCAGUUCAGCCCACCUCCACCGUCACAUUUUCAGUCGUACCGACCAUAUCCCGGAACAUAAAGAAGGCUACCGGCCGUAAGAUGAAAUAACCUCUAUGGUAGCCUAACUUGUCGCUCGUUUAAAAUACCUAAAGUUUUUAUAAUAUUGCAUAUACGGAAGAGGUGAGGAUAGGAUCUGACUUGGAAUAUUACUCGGAUGGCACCGGACGGGAUGGAGGUGACCUUAAAAAAUAUAUGUAUGACGCUAGGUACGUUAAUAUGUUGACGAAUUGACGAGUAAUAUUGAAUGUAUCUACGAUUAUUAAAUCCUAGUCUAUCUAAUUAGGGCUUUGUUAGGUUAAGCUUGGAUUGAUCAAGUUCUACAUAUAGUAUUGUAUACUAUCUGAAUUCGCUAUAUGGUAUAUUAUCCAGGGCAUUAAUAUAUACACACUUAGAUCAUAACCCCAGUAACUUUAGG